AGUAGCAUCCUCUGAGAACAUCUUGCAAAUUGGUUCCUCCGGUUCUGAAGAAUCAAGGGGGGGACAUCCAGUUCGCGAGUUUUAAAAGAGCAACUUUACAAAAUAGUCACAUUGCUUUACAGUUAACGAGUGCCAUUCGUCGCCUCCAUUUUUUUAAAAGACGACAUGGGCGCUCUUACCAUCAUUCGGUUCGGUCUGUUGGUGAAUUGUUUAGUCGUAUCCGUACGAAGUGUCCAAAAUCAAGACCAUGAUUCGAACACUAUCGAGACUUCUGUAGGCAACUCAAGACGAGGUAAACAUGUUCUCCUCCCAACAUCUUUCGUGUACCCUUACAGCCCUUAUCCGUACAACAGCUACGCAUACAGUUACGGCUAUCUCACUCCUAACGCCCUUCAAUUCAGCCCUGUAGUUCACGCAGCACCCCCUUUUCCUACGCAUAUUGCUACAACCGGGCCUUGCUACAACACCAAAGGAGUCUUGGGCAAAUGUACGUCGUUCAGAGACUGUUACCCCUACUUUAAACUACCUGUAGUGGGCAACUUUGACACGUGGGUGAUUGGGAUGUUCGAUACUUGCAGUUACUACACUGAACACGGAAAACAAGUAUUUGGGGUGUGUUGCACAGACCCAACCAAUCAGCCAUUGAACCCACCAGAAUCCUCUAACGACAUAUCAGACACAAUUACAAUCAACAGCGAUUCUCAAGUGUUAUCGAAUUCAAGCGCAAGCACCUACGACGGUGCCAAAUCUCCGGAGAUAUCCAACUGGCCACCUCCACUACCAACUCACCCUCCAGACCACACCAUUCCUCCACUGCCAACCCAUCCCCCAUCACCUGGUUUUCCCGCAUUGGUUACUACAACCAAACCAAUAAUCAUUUUACCGACCACCAAACCACCAAUUUACAAACCCACCAUCAUUACGACCAAAACAACAUCCAGACCGGCCUCCAUCACAACCCCUAUACCCGUGUCUGAUGUUAAUUUGGCUGCGUGCGGUGCUAAAAAUGGGGUUCCAGAUCAGGAAAGGAUUGUGGGAGGGCAUAACGCAGAUAUCAACGAAUGGCCUUGGAUCGCGGCAUUGUUCAACGGUGGAAGACAAUUUUGUGGAGGUUCAUUGAUCGAUAAUAUUCACAUAUUGUCGGCUGCUCAUUGCGUGGCGCAUAUGAGCUCUUGGGAUGUCGCUCGACUAACAGUAAGGCUUGGAGACUACAAUAUCAAAACGAAUUCAGAAGUGAGACACAUCGAAAAGAAAGUGAAGAGAGUAGUCAGACAUAGAGGGUUUGACUCGAGAACCUUGUACAACGACAUUGCUUUGUUAACCCUGGACAGUCCCGUCGAAUUCACUUCCCAAAUUAGACCAGUUUGCUUGCCAGCUGGCUCUGGAUCUAGAGAUUGGUCUGGUUCAACUGCGACCGUCAUUGGUUGGGGAAGUCUUAGAGAAAGCGGUCCUCAACCUUCGGUUCUUCAAGAAGUUAACAUUCCAAUUUGGAGCAAUAGAGACUGCAAAUUGAAAUAUGGGCAUGCAGCCCCUGGUGGUAUUGUAGAUCAUAUGAUAUGCGCUGGUCAAGCCAAUAAAGACUCUUGUAGUGGUGACAGCGGAGGUCCGUUGAUGGUUAAUUCGGGAAAAUGGACGCAAGUGGGUAUCGUUUCUUGGGGCAUCGGAUGCGGCAAGGGCCAAUAUCCGGGUGUGUACACCAGAGUUGAGAAGUUUUUGCCCUGGAUACAAAAAAAUUUAAAGCAAUGAACGCGAAUAAGUGUUUUCAAUAACUGAAUUAUUUUAGCUAAUAUAUAAUGUGACGUACUAUGUACUUCAGUGGGCGAAAAUUAACUUAUUUUAAUAUAAUUUCAAUAUCGUCCUGCCAUAUUGCAUGUAUGGUACGAUUUUGUACCCACCCCCCAUAUAAAUGUAAAAAAUGAAUACGACAGUUUUUUGUUUUUUAUUUAUUUGUUUUGUUUGACUAUCAUAAAGAUGUUGUUUGUGCUGCAUAA